AUGCUCAAGAGUAUCCUUAUCUUCAACAAUCACGGCAAACCACGGCUCGUCAAAUUCUAUCAGCAGAUUGAUAUCGCCACACAACAAGCCCUCGUUCAAGAGAUUUACUCUUUAGUUUCCAAACGUCCUGACACAGCAUGCAACUUUCUUGAAGGCAGCAAACUCUUAGGAGGAAAAGAUACCCGUGUCAUUUACCGUCAUUACGCUACGCUGUACUUUGUCUUUGUUGUCGACGAGAGUGAAAGUGAGCUUGGCAUUCUGGAUCUGAUACAGGUCUUUGUGGAGAGUCUUGAUCGAUGCUUUGAGAAUGUGUGCGAGUUGGAUCUGAUCUUUCAUUUUGACGAGGUGCAUUACAUUCUAUCCGAGAUUGUACAAGGCGGCAUGGUACUGGAAACCAAUAUCAACGAGAUUGUCUCUGCAGUGAAUGAAAUGAACCGAGCAAAGAAGAAAUCAGGCACAUCAUCAACGAGCGUUCUUGGAUCUCGAGCUAGUGAAACAUUAAGAGCAGGAUUUCGGCAUUAG